AUGUUGGGAAUUUUUUCAAAAUGUACCUUGCCUAAAAAAGCAGGUUCGCAUACCAUUCGCCAGCUGUCGUCGGUCAAUUUCGAUAUCCAACAUAAGCAUCCCCAGGCCCGAAGACAAGUCGGGUUGCCCAGAGCCAGAUAUGGAGGUAGGAAUGCAGUCACUAUGUUGCCUGGUGGAGGUAUUGGGCCAGAGCUGAUGAGUUAUGUAAAAGAAGUCUUUUUACAUGGUGGUGUACCAGUUGAUUUUGAGACAAUUCAAAUUGAUCCUCAAAGUGAUAAUAAUGAUGAUCUGCAAUAUGCCAUUAUGUCUAUUCGUAGAAACGGUGUAUGCAUUAAAGGUAACAUAGAAACACGCAGUCUCGAUACUGCUAUAAUAUCACGUAAUGUGGCUAUACGUAACGAACUCGAUUUAUUUGUAAAUGUCAUAAAUGUGCAGUCAUACAAUAACAUACCAAGUCGCCACAAGAAUGUUAAUUGUAUUGUUAUACGUCAAAAUACUGAAGGUGAAUAUGCGAUGUUAGAACAUGAAAGUGUCGAAGGUGUAGUCGAAUCCAUGAAAGUUAUCACUAAAGAGAAUUCUACAAGAUUGGCUCGUUACGCAUUUGAAUUAGCAAAAAACAAUGGUCGCAGUAAAGUCACAGCAGUCCACAAAGCCAACAUUAUGAAAUUAUCAGAUGGAUUAUUUUUGGAAACUUGCAAAAAAAUGUCAUUAAAUUACCCAGAUAUCAAGUUUGAACACAUGAUUAUUGAUAACUGUUGCAUGCAGUUGGUGUCUAAUCCCCAUCAGUUUGAUGUGAUGGUUAUGCCCAACUUGUAUGGUUCAAUUGUGUCAAAUGUAAUAUGCGGCCUUGUUGGUGGUGCCGGCCUAAUUUCGGGAAGAAACUAUGGUGAUCAUUAUGCAGUUUUUGAACCAGGUACCAGAAACACUGGUUCAUCUAUUGCAGGUACCAACACUGCAAAUCCAGUAGCAAUGUUAAGCGCAUCUGCUGAUAUGUUAGAACAUUUGGGUCACAAAGUGCAUUGCGAUAUGAUCAGAACAGCUAUAUCUAAGACUCUCAACGAAGACAUGGUACAUACAGCUGAUUUAAAUGGUACCGCCAAAAGUACUGAUGUUGUACAUAAUGUUAUUAAACAUGUGAAAAGCAUUGCGGGUAGAAUCUAA